AAAAAAAAACUAAAGCAAACAUACACACACACACACGCACAGGCACACGCACACGCACAGGCAACCCCAUACUGGCGACACAACUGCAUCCUUGAAGAUGACCCUCAAUUACUUAUGGAGCUUUUUCUGCUUUAUAAUAACAGCGUCCGCAGUGAAAGUGCUCUACCCGAGCAUCAACAGCUCUGAGACCCUGAACUGCCUCUGUCCGGACCACCAGUGUCAAAAGGUGAACUGGUACCGUUUACUGCAGGACAGCGACACACCCGAGUUCAUCUUGUCCGCCAAUAACAUAAACUUCCUACGCUAUGGUGCAAACAUCGCCCAAAGCCGCUACAAGCCAACGGCCUCUGAUAGUUCAGGAAAGGUGGUAUACACGCUGCGCAUCACUGGCAUACUGAAGAAUGAAACGGGCUUCUACUCGUGCCUGCUCGUCAGUCAGAACUCAGCGCAGGACCCCAAAGAUCUGAUGCCUACAGGAUAUUCUAUCAGACCUGGAGAAAGCAUAACCACCCUCGCACCUCCAACAACAAAAAAACAUAUACAUAAGAAUCGUUCACCCAAGAUCUGCAAGUCCAAGUCUCUGAAAGGUUGCCAGUCUCUGGUACUCUGGUCGGGCAUCGGUGCUGUCCUGCUCCUGGUGGUGGUCCUGAUCUCAACACUGUAUUAUUUUAGCAGACUACCUAAGAAGUGCAGACACAGGUUUGAGAAAACGCAUCGGCUGAGAUAAGAUGAGACGAGACGAGAUGAGACGGGACGAGAGGAAGCGCUCCUGUAAAUGAAUCAUCUGUAUAAAGAAACAUAUAGAGUAUUUUUAAAGCAGACGCCCUUUCUUCAUUUCUGAAUCUGAGCCUAUUGAUCCUGGCUAUAGCUCUGUUUCCUUCACUGUUCUGUAACGGUAUGUUUAGAGUUAUUUAUUUCUUUCAGCAAGAGGCUUUUAUGCGAAACGACCUACAGUUAGACAGAUUAUAUUACAGUUAUAGAAUAAUGCAGAUCAGGGGUGACAGC